CCUCCGUACUAACUCCUUGUCCCAAAGCCUCAUCUUUUAAAUGGGGUCUCGCGCACCCACACCCCUGCCUUUUCCUCUGCCUUAGGGUUUCCCACCCUUAAGCCUCCCUCCCUCUUUUCCCAAGAGCCCGUCCCUGAGCCUCUCCUUCCCUUUCCGUCCCCUCCUGGUGAGACUCCAAAAUUCACAUUCAUCUCCACCCUAUCCUACCCUCCUGCCCGUCCCAGACCUGCAGCACAGCUAGCUCCCGGGCACUGUGGCCACCGCCUCCAGCUCCGCUGCUGCCACCCGGCACCAGCGGCCCCCGCACCAGCGCCCGCUACACGCAUGCGCACGCUUCCCAGACCACCUUCCAGGCGGGCGCGCGGGGAGGGGCGCAGGGCGCUGAUUGGACGCCUCUCGGGGGCGGGGCCGGGAUUGGGGCUCUGCGGCCGCCGUCUGCGUGGCGGAAGCGGGCAGUGAGCACCCGUGCGCAUGCGGAAAGCUUGCUUCUCUGGGACAGACGCUGACGCCUGUCGUUGGGGACGCCUUCCUCGGCUGGGGGUGGUUGCGAGCUUUGCAGUUUGCAAACUACGGCGCUUAGACGGGCGAGGAACCACUGUGGUGCCACGCAAAGGGCUGAGGCCUGAGAACUUUGAGUGGGGCUUGGGGACAGGAAAACGGAAGGGCCAGAGCCGGGUGACGUGGACGCUGGAGGCUAGGUUUGGAAACAGUAGGCAGCUACAAUGAAGCUGAAUCAGAACACCAUGCUGCUGGGCAAGAAGGUGGUCCUGGUGCCCUACACCGCCGAGCAUGUGCCUAGGUACCACGAGUGGAUGAAGUCAGAGGAACUGCGGACUCUGACUGCCUCAGAGCAGCUGACCCUACAGCAGGAGUACGACAUGCAGUGUAGCUGGUGUGAAGACGAAGACAAGUGCACCUUCAUUGUGCUGGAUGCAGAGAAGUGGCAGGCCCAGCCUCGCCCCCCUGAAGAGAGCUGCAUGGUAGGAGAUGUGAACCUCUUCCUCACAGACCUAGAAGACCCCACCUUGGGGGAGAUCGAGGUCAUGAUAGCAGAGCCCAGCUGCAGACGCCAGGGACUUGGCACCGAAGCUUCCCUCCUGAUCAUGUCCUAUGGAGUGACGAAGCUAGGUCUAACCAAGUUUGAGGCCAAAAUCGGGCAAGAAAAUGAACCUAGCAUCCGGAUGUUCCAGAAACUUCAUUUCAAGCAGGUGGCCAUGAGCAAUGUCUUCCAGGAGGUGACGCUCAGGCUGGCAGUGAGUGAGCCAGAGAGGAAGUGGCUUCUGGAGCAGACGAGCUAUGUGGAAGAGAGACCCUAUAGAGCCAGGGAGGGAGAGCCUGUGACAGCUGCCCUGAGCGAGCGGAGGAGCUGGAACUGCCCACUCCCAAGGCCAGACAGCUGCCUGGGAAAUACAAGCACAGUAUCUUCAGUCUGCGACAGGCCCUCCUGAGCCUGCCAUGGCCUCCCCUGGCUAGUAGUGGUCAAGAACACUCCUUCCAACUCCGAACCAUACACUGACCCUGACUGCACUGGAAGGGGAGACUGGAGCCCAUCAGAGUCAAGGUGGAGGUGGGAACUGGAAGCCAGAAGGAUAUGGAGAGCCAGCCUUUCCCCGGGGCCAUGGCUGAGUAAAGCACUUAUUUGGGCA